AUGAAAAUAGGUGGUAGCAGAAGUUCCUCCAUUGCCAAUUCAACCGGUAGUGAAAUACUCAGAUGUGGUUGCAACAUUUCAAUGAAGAUGUUCGUGUCAAAUAUCCAAGAAAACCCUAGGAGGAAGUUUUGGAGAUGCAAAAAUUAUGGAAAGAGUGAGGUAGCAUGCGAUUUGUUUGUUUGGGACGAUGAAGUGGAUGACCUCUUUAUGAGCAGUCGAAACACAGAAGUUUUCAGAGGUGAAGAAAUGGAGUGUAACAACUGUAAAUUCACAAUUGGGCAUCUUAAAGGUUUUGCUAAAGAAUAUGGGAAGGAGUUUGGAAUCGAUUUUUCCAAAGAAUAUGGGAAGGAGGCAUGUCCAAAGAAGGUUGAAAAGUUGAAAAAGAUGGUGAAAAUUGAAAAGGAAAUAUGUUUACAAAAUAUGUUUAAUGUAAUGUUUUUUGUUUACCAUGUAGUGUUUUUUGUUUACAAUGUAAUGUACCAUUUUGGUGUAAUGAAUGAAGGAGAUGAAUUGCAUAUAAAGUUUGGUCAAUUUGUUUUUUACAAAGUCUGGUUAAAAGCAUAA